AUGGCCACCGCCGAGGAGAAGCUAGAUCUACUCCUAUUGGAAGUUAAGGCGCUCCAAGCCGGCCAGCUGAAGCUCGUCAACACCGUGGACGCCAUCAACACAUGGAGCGUCGACGCCGACAAAAUUGCUGCCCAAUUAAGCGAUUCUGUCAAGGAUCUCACAUCGCGCAUGGAGGCGUUGGAGGCAGCCACAGCCCCGCCUCAGGCCCCGUCGCGCGAGGAAGGGGGGCGGGCCAACGGCCACCGCGUCGCACAUGUUCACCAGGGUGCCGAUGGGAAGUCCUACCUUCUCCAUCACACCCUGGUCAAGGGUGAGUCCUCCAACCUUCAUCAGCAUACUGUUGUGUUGGAUCCACCUGAGUCCAGUUAUAAGCAUCCUAGUUCCCAUUACAACCAUCACAAAGAGUAUAAACUGCCUAGGCUAGAUUUUCCUAGAUUUAAGGGUGAUAAUCCUAAGAUCUGGAAGGAGAAUUGUGAGAAGUACUUUUCUAUGUACUCAGUACCUGUCCACUUAUGGGUGCCCUUUGCCACCUUGAAUUUUUCUGAUAAUGCUGCUCUUUGGCUUCAAACCUAUGAAACCCAGUAUGGUGUUAGUAGUUGGCCUGAUUUAUGUGUAGCAGUCGACCAGAAGUAUGGGAGAGAUUUAUACCAAAAUUACAUGAGAGAUCUGUUAGCCAUUCGACAAACUAGUUCUGUCCUGGAAUAUGCUGAGCGAUUUGAGCAGGCUAAACAUAGAGUCCUAGUUCAUAACUCUAGCAUUGAUGAUGUGUUUUUUGUACAAAAAUUUUUGGAUGGAUUGAGAUAUAACAUUGGUAAUGCAAUCACAUUACAUAAACCAAGAACAGUUGAUGCCGCCUUGUCAUUGGCCCUCAUGCAGGAGGAAUUAUUGGAAGCCUCUACAAAGAGGUAUCAUCCCAAGUCAUCACGAGAUAUGGUGAAAUUCAGUUCAAGACCUUCAACUGCAGGCUCUGCGGGUGUUCUGGGAUCAGCACCAUCAGAAAUUGUCACAACAACCCCAUCUGUCACACCAACCAAACCAAAGUGGGAUGACAAAUUGGCUACUCUACGUUCUCAGCGCCGAGCUCAAGGGCUGUGCAUGAAGUGCGGAGGCAAAUGGGGCCGCAAUCAUAAGUGCCCAGAUCAGAUUCCUCUGCACAUAAUGGAGGAAGUCUUAGCUGCAAUGAACAUAGAAGAAAUGGGUACUGAUGAAUUGGAACCAGCAGACAGCUCUAGUGAUGAGGAGAUCUUGUCCUUAUCUUGGUCUGCACAAGAAGGAAUUCAAGGGAAUAAAACAAUCAGACUGCAAGGAUUGAUCAAGAAUCAAGAAGUGUUAAUGCUGGUGGACUCAGGAAGUUCCAGCACAUUCAUCAGUGCAAAUGCAGUGCACAAGCUGCAAUUCAAGCAAGAUGACACAAUUGAGGUACAAGUUACUGUGGCUGAUGGCACACAAAUUCCAAGCAACAAGCUGGUCAGAGAUAUUACAUGGUGGACUCAGGGCCACACAUUCUCCACCACUGCAAGGGUGCUUGAAUUGAAAGGUUAUGACAUGGUGCUUGGCAUGGAUUGGUUGGAACAAUACAGUCCAAUGUGGAUUCAUUGGAAGAUAAAGAAGAUGAGGUUUAAUCAUCUGGGCAAGAGGAUUACACUCACUGGUGUAAAGGACUGUGUCUCUAAAUGCACCAAACUUAAUAUCAAGAAAUUGAAAGGACUGCUAAGAAAAGGAGGUGUUGCUCAGCUAGUACAGUUGUCUUCCAUUCAGACCAGCCAACCUACAUCUCAGGAAAUUCCACCUGAAAUUGAAGGUCUAUUGCAAGAACAUGGGGAUUUAUUCAAAGAACCAACAACUCUGCCACCAAGCAGAGCCCAGGAUCAUCAAAUCACCCUACUUCCUGGUGUGCAGCCAGUCAAUGUGAAACCCUACAAAUACUCACCCACACAAAAGGAUGAGAUUGAGAGACAGGUCAAGGAGAUGUUACUCAAUGGAGUGAUACAACCAAGUACCAGCCCAUAUGCUUCACCUGUACUCCUGGUCAAAAAGAAAGAUGGGUCAUGGAGAUUCUGCAUAGAUUACAGAAAUCUUAAUUCCAUCACAGUGAAGAACAAAUAUCCCUUGCCCAUAGUGGAUGAGCUCUUGGAUGAACUAAAAGGAGCUAAAUGGUUUACUAAAUUGGAUAUGAGGUCAGGCUACCAUCAGUCUUUGGAAUAUCUGGGUCACAUAAUUAGUGCUGAAGGAGUUUCAACUGAUCCAACCAAAAUUCAAGCUGUUCAAGAUUGGCCAGUGCCCACUGACCUGAAACAAUUGAGAGGCUUCCUUGGAUUAUCUGGGUAUUACAGGAAGUUCAUCAAGAACUAUGGUAUCAUCAGCAGACCAUUGACAGAUUUGCUUAAGAAGAACACUUUAAAGAAGGCAUUGGCACCUGGAACUACUGUCUCCACGGAUGAUCAGUUACACCAUCUUGCCAUGGAUAUCACUACAUCAGAACCUCAGUGGAAGGAUUGGCCUACACAUUGGGCUCGCUGGGAAAAUAUAUCUCACCUCAAGGAGUGGUUGCCAUCGUCUGCCACUUGA